GCACAGGCACAGCAGGGUGUGUGGAUUUUUCCUGGAGCAAAUGAGGUAUUUUAACAGCGGGAAGAUGCUGAUGGACAGGAACGAAACCUGGCUCUCUAAUUUCUCCUCUGCUGCCUCCUCCUUUGCAAGGGGAGGGGCUGGGCUCCAGGAGGUGCUCACUGGGCUGGUCCUCACCCUCAUCGACGUGGUCACCCUGCUGGGAAACACCGUGGUGUUCCUGUGCCCCGUGGUGGAGAGGAGGCUGCGCACGGUCACCUACAUGUUCAUCAUGUCCUUGGCCAUGGCAGACUUCCUGGUGGCCUGCCUGGUGAUGCCCUUCAGCAUCAUUUACGAGGUGACAGGGAUGUGGCUGUUUGGGAAGCUGUUCUGCAAGGUCUGGAUCUCCUUCGAUGUCAUGUUCUGCACCGCAUCCAUUGUCACGCUGUGCUUCAUCAGCCUGGACAGGUACUGCUCCGUGGUCACCCCCUGCCACUACUCCAGAAGGAUGUCCCGGGGCAGAUGCAUCGUGAUGACCUGCACGGUCUGGGUCUAUUCCUCCCUCAUUUCCUUCCUUCCCGUCAUGCAAGGCUGGAAUGAGAUCCCCGGUGUGGACUUUGACGCGGGCACAGAAUGCAUCUUUGUCACCAACUGGGUUUUUGCCAUCGUGGCCUCCGCCCUGGCGUUCUUCCUCCCCUUCGUGGUCAUGUGCAGCAUGUACUUCUUCAUCUACCGCGCCUCCCGCCUCAAGGCCACGCGCAUCAUGGCCCAGACGCUGCAGAUCCACUACCACCCCAACAGCAAGCGGCAGCAGCACCUGCAGCUGGAGAACAAGGCCACCAGGACCAUCAGCAUCAUCAUCUCGGUGUUCGUGCUCUGCUGGCUGCCCUACUUCGUGCUGAACGUCUGGCUGGCGGCCAGAGGCACCGACUCCGCCGGCUCGGUGCUGCUCGGCACCUUCAAGAUCAUCACCUGGCUGGGCUACUGCAACUCCACCAUCAACCCCCUGCUCUACGCCUUCCUCAACAGGGACUUCCAGCACGCCCUCAAGAAGCUGCUCCUUUGCAGGCGCAGGUCUCAGGUGGAUGUUGGGGAAGACAUGGUUUCCAUAGCCACGUUUUCCAAGACUGCUCCAGACCUGGAAUACAGCGUGAGGGUGCCCAGCGGUGCCCUGAAGGGCAAACCCAAGUCAUAGGGAUUCAGGAUCAGUCACUGGUGGUGGUGAUACAGAAAGUGCUGGAGCACAUCCCAAUGGAAACACAAAGGGGAAGGAGGGGCUGGAAUGUUACAGCUGGGGACAAUACAACAAAGAUGCAUUUCUUCACCUUCCACAGUUUCAGUAAUGAGGAACUUGGA